ACAAUAAAAAAGGUCAAAAGGGCACCCGACCCAACACACAGAAACCCGUAAGAGAGAUUCAUCGCUUCUAUCUUCUUCCUCUGAAGUUGUUUUACAACCCUGUUGUAUUUUAUUUUUGCUGAAAUCAACCAAUCAAAAUCGAAGAGAAAAAUAGAAAAUGGCGUUGAAGUUUUUGAACAAAAAGGGAUGGCACACGGGAAGCCUCAGGAACAUAGAGAACGUUUGGAAAGCCGAACAGAAGCACGACGCCGAACAGAAAAAGCUCGACGAACUUCGUAAACAGAUUCAAGAGGAACGUGAACGCAGCGAGUUUCGUCUUCUUCAGGAAAAAGCUGGCCUCGUUCCUCAUCAGGAGAGGUUGGAGUUUUUGUACGAUUCUGGAUUGUCUGUUGGUAAAACCUCUGAAGGUUUUAAGGCCCUUGAAGCUUUACCUAAAUCUGAUGCAACUGAUGCACCUUCUUCUUCUUCUGCUUCUAAGCAAGAGGCAAGUGUUCCUGGAGCGUUAUUUGAGGAUAAGCCUCAAUCUGCUAAUGAUGCUUGGAGAAAGCUCCAUUCUGAUCCCUUGCUCAUGAUUCGCCAGCGUGAACAGGAAGCACUUGCAAAAAUUAAAAACAACCCUGUUAAGAUGGCCAUGAUCAGGAAAUCAGUUGAGGGUAAGGAACACAAGAAGAAAGAUCACAGUAAGAAGGAAAAACAUAAGAAGCACCGAUCUAGUAAAUCAAAGCAUAGAAAACAGUCUGAUUCAGAAGAUGACAUCGCUGAAAGGAGAAAAAGAAGGACCAGUGAUGAAGACUUUGACAAGAAGCGUCUCAAAGCUCAAUCAGAUUCAGAGCAUGAAUCAAGUGAAGGAGAAAGGAAAAGAAGGAAGAAUCACUAUGAAGAGAAAAAAUAUAGAGAAAGAUCACCCAGUCACCACCAGAGGCAAAGCAAAGUAAAAGACUAUAAAGAAGAUGUUGAUGACAGAAAUUAUAACAAGUCAAAUUCAGGAAGAUAUGCUCCAGAAGCUCAGUCCAAUUAUGAUGUCCCUAAAAGGGGGAAUGGGAGCUUUCAUGAACCAAGCUCUACUAGAUCUUCUGCUACUUCACUCAAACGUGAAUCACACUAUAAGCGGAGAAAUGUGGCUCCUAGGCUUUCAGAAGAAGAGAGGGCUGCUAAACUUAGGCAGAUGCAACUUGCUGCCGAGUUGCAUGAAGGACAGAGAUGGAAACGCAUAAAGAACGCUGAGGAGACUGACGCACAGGAAGCAGUCCAGAACAGUAAUCUCGGUGGAAAGAAUUUCUUGGAUACCGCACAAAAAAGUAUAUAUGGUGCCGCAGAAGGGGGGAGCUCAUCAAUAGCCGAGAGUGUCCGACGGCGAACACAUUAUUCUCAAGGAAGAUCUGGAGGUGAAGGCAAUGCAUUUCGGCGGUGAUCGACUUGAAUGCUGUCUGCCGUGGUUUGAUCACUUAAUUUUGGUUAUUUCGGUUGUCUCCAGACCUCUCUUACAUGUGUUUUCUCGUCCUUGUACCAACACAAGAUUCAUUCUCUGUAUCAAAUAUGUUAAUGGAUUCUCUCUGUUGUCAUUCUCUCAAUUUCAUCCACUAUAACAGUUUUGAGAAUAUAAAGAUGAUAAUGUUAAAUAUGUAGCAAUGAAAUAUAUUUAGAAUUCAUUGUUUAUCCUUGUGAUUCGAAAUUUUCAA